AGAAGGCGCAGUUUGCGGUACUCCGUGCCGCCACACGACCGAUCAUGGAUAAAAAGAGACCACGCACUGAACGAGAGCUGCAAGAGAUCGUCGGACAAUUUCUCUGAUUCGAUGAGGAUAUAGUAGACUUUGCAGAUGAAAGCGCAGUACAAUGUUUACGAACAGCGAAUCUGAGCAAUCUGCCGUGAGGACUCGGACUAUACACACGAAUUGGGAGAAUCAAGGAGAUGCGUUCUUUUACAUUGAAAAGGACGAAGAGAAUGUUUGGAAAAGCACUCCUGUGAGUUUUACCAGUAAAACUAGGUCUAAAAAUACAAAAAGCCGGCAAAAUACGGUAUAAAAAUAUAUGC